AUGUCGACCUCUUCCAUCACCAUAGACCUUAAUGAUGUCCCGACAGGGGUUUCAAUACAAACAUUCAAGGACAGCGUACUGGUUCUAGUAUCACAAGUAGGGAAAGUGGGAAACCUGAUACAAGUUACUCUACCACCUACAACUCCUCUCCUUCCUGCAGCGACUGCGGAUCCCUUAGAAUCUAAUACAAGGCAACUUCCUCCCAUUCCGGCAGCAACACACCUCACAAGUUUGUUGGGACAUGCUCCUUCGGAAUACAGACACACGCUACACAAUCUAUAUGCCUCCCAGAUCGCUUCACUCAUUUGGAAUAUGGCGCCAGAAGACCCCACUUCUCAGGCAAGGAAAACGAUCAUAGUCGGGAUCGCAUUGCAAAAAUCGAAGACAAACGAUGAUACAUCAAGCCCAACGGAAACUGAGAAAGAGACCUUUACUGGUGUCAUGCGCACGGUUCAGGAGCUCCUCGAGAAAGGUGCAUAG